AUGAAUCCCUCCUUGAGUCACUAAUUUCGGAGUCACAAGUCUGUUGAGGAAUGUUCAUUAGGUUUGUCAUGACAGCUUUAAGGAAGAUGCGUCUCUCUGUAAAGCAAAUAUUUGAACUGAUCUACCAAGAAGCUAAACUAUACUGAACAAAAAUAUAAACGCAACAUGCAACAAUUUCAACGAUUUUACUGACUUACAGUUCAUAUAAGGAAAUCAGUCAAUUGAAAUAAAUUCAUUAAGCCCUAAUCUAUGGAUUUCACAUGACUGGGCAGGGGCGCAGCCAUGGGUUGGCCUGGGGAGGGGAUAGGCCCACCCACUGGGGAGCAUGGCCAGCCAAUCAGAAUGAGUUCUUUAUUACAGACAGAAAUACUCCUCAGUUUCAUCAGCUGUCUGGGUGGCUGGUCUCAGACGAUCCCUCAGGUGAAGAAGCCGGAUGUGGAGGUCCUGGGCUGACGUGGUUACAUGUGGUCUGCGGUUGUGAGGCCGGUUGGACGUACUGCCAAAUUCUCUAAAACGACGUUGUAGAGAAAUGGUAGAGAAAUGAAUAUUACAUUCUCUGGCAACAGCAGGUGGAGAUUCCUGCAGUUAGCAUGCCAAUUGCACGCUCCCUCAAAACUUGAGACAUCUGUGGCAUUGUGUUGUGUGACAAAACUGCACAUUUUAAAGUGGCCUUUUAUUUUCCCCAGCACAAGGUGCACCUGUGUAAUGAUCAUGCUGUUUAAUCAGCUUCUUGAUAUGCCACACCUGUCAGGUGGAUGGAUUAUCUUGGCAAAGGAGAAAUGCUCACUAACAAGGAUGGGAAAAAAAUUGUGCACAGAAUUGGAAAGAAAUAAGCUGUUUGUGCUUAUGGAACAUUUCUCUGAUCUUUUAUUUCAGCUCAUGAAACCAACACUUUACAUGUUGCGUUUAUAUUUUUGUUCACUAUAGUAUGAUUUCCCCCUCCAGUUCUGUCCUCCACUUUGGACCUAUUGGACCUCAGCGAGCCAGGAGAGAGGAGGAACAGCAAGCAGGACAAGAAGAGCCCUCUGUUGUCACAUGGGGACCGGCCCAAGAACACGCCUCACCGGAAGAAGAAGACGACGGACGAGACAGAGCUGAUCCAGGUGGAUGUAGAACAGACUGUCCCCAGCUCACACACUCCUGAGAGAGUGUCACUAGACUCAGGUACACUGGAGCCGAUGGUUUACCAGGAGCAGUAGUCUAGGCCCUGGUUGGAUAGCUCAGAGCGUCUGCUCUUUUCUACCCAGAUGGUUUACCACUGGAACUAUUGUCCAUUUUAUAGUGAUUCCUAAUUUCAUGUAUGAGGGAUUGACUAUAAACGCUCGACGGCACUUGCCUAUUGGGUUAGUCAGGGUCAUUUGGACCGCAAUUAUGUUUAGUGGCCAUUGUCACUCUCGAGUAUGACUAAGCAAACAGCUGUUUAGAUAGGCACUUAGGUGCAUGAUUAAAGGAUGAUCACUUACAGCCAAUAGUUAUGCAGAAUUUACUUUGUAUCAUGUCAUCAUGACUACCCAAUAUCAAAGCUCAUUGCCAUUUUCAUAACAUUAAAUCAGGAAUGGUAUUAGCCUCACGUCCCCAGUCUCCUAAACGCUUAAACGACCUUGCCACAUUGAAAAGUUUCCCUUACGAAGUCCAAAAGGAGUUGACCUUGUUCAUAUUCAAGAUCAUCCAAAGGAGGAUCAGGCUGUAAGUAAGGUCUGUAAUGAACAGAUCUUCUUAAAAUACAUUGAGGUUCCAGCCGAUGAGUUUCCCAUUAGCAAGUUGAGGAGGUUAAAGUAUUUCGCUCUUCAACUGAGUUCUAAUAAUGCAUAGCAAGUCAGACUAUGCUUCAUUUGAUUAAUUAAUGACAUGGAGUUUGAUAAAAACCCUGGGUGUCAUUUACAAGAAAAAUGCAUGUCCCUGUCAUGGAUCUGUCCAGAUGGAAAUAUUAAAUGUUGCUUAGCUGAUUGAGUUGUAUUGUUUUGUACCCUGCUGUUAACUGAUUUCUCUGUGAUUGCUCUUCCCAGUCAACAUUGCCUCUCCUUUGGAGAAAUGGGAGGAGCUCAACAUCCACCCUGAACGAAACAGCAGCAGAAAGUGGAAAUUGGAGAGACGGGGUUCAUCGAAAAACUCCUCCAGUGAACUUCUGUGGUAAGUAACCUUCGUGCAUCAGUUGCAUCUACGUCAGUUACAAAUCUGGUAAAUUCGCUGUUUCUUUGCACUAUACUCUACACCAGUGGUUCCCAACUCCAGUCCUCCAGUAACCCCAACAGUACAUAUUCUAGUUAUGGCCCCGGACAAGAACACCUGAUUCUACUUGUCAACUGAUCAUCAAGCCCUUGACAAGUUGAAUCAGGUGUUUUUGUCGUACUGGAGGACUGGAGUUGGGAAACACUGCUCUUCUCGCUACACUUCAAUAUCGCUCUUCACUUUAAUUCACUUGAAUUGUGAAGUAGUUCAAUGUAUGAGAGAAUAUUUUUUACCUCAGUGGGGCCACAACCAUAGCUAUUCUCAUGAGGGUAGACCUCUCCAGCACCCCUGCCUCUUUGGUGCAUGCUGAAAAGGACAUCUAAAGGACAUCCCCUCCGUAUUCAUUAGACGUCUGCCUUACUGUAUCUACUGUAGGUGGUAUUGGAAAUUGUCAUUAUCACAGAAAAGGUAACCUAAAAAGCACUUAUUCAAUUAAUCUAGUGUAAUGCAGCCCAUUGCUUAAGAGCAAUCGGUCGCUAUAAAGACAAAACUCUAAACGUACAGUACAUUUGAAAUAAAGAGCCUUUCGGAAGGUCUGCACACUGUUGCAUGAAGCAACAUCAAGAAAGCUGAAGAAAGUAAAGUGCUCUGACUUAAUCGUGUUUGGGGUGUAAUGAAUGCAUUUAUUAUUGAUUCAACUGUCCUUUCUCUUUAGGUCCAUAGACUGCAAAACACAAUCAGAGCCAUUCCCCAAGAGCUCUUUGGAAGUGAAUACCAUAGCAGAGGCGGAGCCAGCUCUAGCAGAGGCGGAGCCAGCUCUAGCAGAGGCGGAGCCAGCUCUAGCAUUUCAAGUAAGUACCUUGGCUAUUAAGUUCUGA